CAAAUAUUAAACGUGGAAGUUGGAUACGAAAAAGUCUCGAGCCUUGCCAGGCACCUGAUGUCUCUGAAAGUUUUUCCGACGUCAAAAUGAUUGCUUCUCCAUUGCCUCCCAUCUCAUCACCGCAGACUGAAGAAAAGAAAUUAACAUCUGAUACAUCUGAAAUAGACCCUUUCACGAAUCCCUUGAUAUCACCGUUGCACACUCCACAAGACUUGCUCGCCAAGUUUCCUCCGUUGUUCAUUUCAUAUGGUGGCCGAGAGAUCUUUAAAGAUGACAUUGAAAUGUUUUGUCGAAGAUGUGUGAAUUCAAAGAAUUUGGAGAAAUUGAGGACGAAGGUUAUGGAGAAUGAAAAUAACAAUGAAGAAGGAAGUGAAUUUUCUGUUGACGAAAUGAUUAGAGCAAUGGAAAACGAUAUGAAUGAAACCAAUCCGGAUGUUGUUAUCGAGUGCGAUAAAGAUAUGGUUCAUAGCUAUCCAAUGUUACUUGGGGUUUUCGGAAAACACUCUAAGGAAACCUUAACAAAUAUCGCAGUAUUCCUUAAUACUCGUAUCCCUACUUCCUCACUACAACCCAUUCUCGUUACAAAACCAGCUUCACCACUUUCCGAUCCAUCAAAUCGCGCGAACACUAAUAAAAAUCUAGCGUCGCUGAGCGACAAUCAAAAAUCAUCCAAGUCUGCGAAUAAUGGACUACAAACAUCUAUUGGUAAUUUUCUACGUAAGAAACGGUCACCAACAACCUCUAAAGUAGAGGCGAUGGAAAAUCUAAAUCUUGAUGUGGUUGAAAAGAAGUUAAAAACCAAUCAUAAUAUACCCGUUACCAAACUUAUCACUAAACAAACGUCAACCAGGUAUUCGACAUUUCCGUCGUCAAGGUGGUCUGGCGAAAUAAUAUUACCUGUCGUCUCAUCUUCCUCCAUUUUUAUUCCAUAUUCGUAUCCUGGACCAGACCUCUUGAAUAACCUAUCCUCUCAAAAAGAGUUAAAUCAUAACAAACGACUUGUUUACAAAAGAAGUCAUUCAGAAAACGAAAUAAUUCAGCGGCCCAUUAAUUCUGCCGAAAGUGUACAAAUUCGGAGUUGGCUGUUGAAACAAAAUAAUAUCUCCUUAACGGAUAGCACCAAAAUUAAUAUAUGGUCGCAUACGAAUGCGAGAGGGGAUAGGAUGCCAAAUUCGAGGAUAUCUCCGGCGUUCCGUCCGAUUUCUGUUAUUGAAGAAUAG